AUGGCUGACGGUAUCGAAGCCCGCCCCGUCGGCAACACCUCCCAGGAGAAACGGACAGGGUCGACAUCCGGGUCCAUCACCACCAACAGCGCCGACAGCAGCGCGCCCAUCGCCCCGGCCGGAAAUGCCGAUCAGCUCCAGCGCCGCCUGACGAACCGCCACCUCCAGCUCAUCGCCAUCGGAGGCUCCAUCGGCACGGGUCUCUUCGUGUCCAUCGGGACCGGUCUGCAGCGCGGAGGCCCGGCCUCGCUCUUCCUCGCCUACACCAUCUACGCGUGCAUGCUCGGACUCGUCAACAACGGCAUGGCCGAGAUGUGCGUCUACAUGCCCGUCACCGGGUCCUUCAUCCGUAUGGCUGGCAAGUGGGUCGAUGAAGCGUUCGGCUUCAUGGCCGGCUGGAACUUCUUCCUGUACGAGGCGUUCCUGAUACCGUUUGAGAUCGCGGCCUUGAACCUCGUCAUCACCUUCUGGCGCAACGACGUGCCCGCGGUCGCCGUGUGUCUGGUGUGCAUUGUCCUGUACGGCAUGUUGAACGUGGUGGCGGUGCGCUACUUUGGCGAGGCCGAGUUCUGGCUCGCGUCGGGCAAGCUGCUGCUCAUCGUCAUGGUGUUCUGCUUCACGUUCGUCACCAUGGUGGGCGGCAACCCGCAGAACGACGCCUACGGCUUCCGCAACUGGAUGGUGGUGGCGGCCUUCAAGGAGUACAUUGGCGAGGGCGACACGGGGCGGUUCCAGGGCUUCCUGGCCGCGCUCUACUCGGCCGGGUUCACGGUGGUCGGGCCCGAGUACAUCGCCAUGAUCGCCGGCGAGGCCAUGCGGCCGCGGCUGUACCUCAAGCAGGCCUUCAAGACGGUCUACUGGCGGUUCGCCUUCUUCUUCAUCGGCGGCGCGCUCGCCUGCUCCAUCGUGCUCCGCAGCGACAACAAGAAGCUCGAGAACGCCGGCACCGGCACGGCCGACGGCUCCCCCUACGUCAUCGCCAUGGAGGUCAUGGGCAUCCGCGUGCUGCCGCACAUCAUCAACGCGCUGCUGUGCACGUCCAUCUUCAGCGCCGGCAACGCCUACACCUACUGCGCCAUGCGGUCGCUCUACGGCCUCGCGCUCGACGGCCAGGCCCCGGCCAUCUUCAAGAAGUGCAUGAGCAACGGCAUCCCCAUCUACGCCUUCGCCUUCGUCAUGAUCUUCCCCUUCCUGUCGCUGCUGCAGGUCUCCAACAACACGGCCCAGGUCGUGACCUGGCUGCAGUCGCUGACCCAGGCCGCCCAGAUCAUGAACUACACCAUCAUGUGCAUCACCUACAUCUGCUUCCACCGCGCCUGCGUGGCCCAGGGCUUCGACCGCAAGACCCUGCCCUACUACGGCUACUUCCAGCCAUACUGCGCCUACAUCGGCGCCGUCUUCAUGACGCUGGUGGUGACGUCCUUUGGCUACACGACCUUCCUGCCGGGCCGCUGGGACACCCUGACCUUUUUUUCUUAUUACACCAUGAUCUUUGUGGGCAUCCUCACCUUUACGGUCUGGAAGCUCUUGCGCAAGACAAAGUUCGUCAAGCCCGGCGAGGCCGACCUCAUCUGGGACAAGCCCAUCAUCGACAGCUACGAGGCCCAGUUCACGACCCAGCCGACCCGGUUCCGAGACGACAUCCGGAAGCUCUUUGGCAUGCUCAAGGGGAAGAAGACGGCCGACUCGGAACGACAGGAGACUCCGGAGCAGAGGCAGGGCGAGAAAUGA